AAGAAAAACAGAGAAAACUCAUUACCACUGGCCUCCAAAAAUUCUCCUCCUCUCGUCCAUCCAUGGCUCCACUCUCUUCUUGCUCUUCUCUCCACCCUCUCUCUUCUCUCUCUCCUCCUUCCUCUUCUUCUUCAAAAACACGUCACUUUCUUCCAAAACUACCCCCUUCAAAGCCUGAAAUCCCCUCUCUCCCCCGCUUCUCCUUUAUCAACCAUAAUAGCAACUAUAAACUCUAUCACCACCAAGCCACACCAAGCCUUCUUUUUCAGCCACAAUUUUUGCUCAGUGGCUUGGAUACUCCUUUGGAUACCCAAACUGCCCUCUCUAUUAUCAGUGUCUUUGCUGCCAUUGCUCUUUCUCUGUUCCUGGGCCUGAAGGGGGAUCCUGUGCCUUGUGAGAGGUGUGCAGGAAAUGGCGGCACAAAAUGUGUGUUUUGCAAUGAUGGCAAGAUGAAGCAAGAAACAGGCUUGAUGGAUUGCAGGGUGUGCAAGGGUGCAGGAUUGAUACUCUGCAAGAAGUGUGCAGGUUCUGGCUAUUCCAAACGCUUAUGAACUUGAGAUGUAUUCUGCAUGAAUCACAUAUUUUUGGCCUGUAACACAAAUUUGCUGAAGGUUUAAUUCUUUUUUCCUGUUCCUCACUUUUUUUAUAUUUAUUUUUCCAUAUUCUGUAAAUUAUUUUCCCUCUUCUCUCAUAUCCAACUUUAUUAUGUAAUUGCAAUGAGGUGGGGAUAACAGAAAUGUAAAUACUAAUGUAGCUAUCUUUUAAUUUUAAGAUCAUUUGAUUCUUUAAGCCA